AUGGCGUCUCCAGUUUCGUAUGGUUCCCGUCAGAGCCCAGAUGAGCUCCCUGGAGACCAUUCUUCACAAGAAGAUGAGGAUUGCGAUUAUGAAGAUCGGGUCAACGACUCGGGUUCAUAUUCCUCAACCAGUAGUGAUUAUGAUGAUGUUGAACCUGAAUGGCUGGACAGUGUGCGGAAAAAUGGAGAAUUAUUUUAUUUGGAAUUGAGUGAGGAUGAAGAAGAAAGCCUUCUUCCUGAGACUCCUACUGUGAACCAUGUCAGGUUUAGUGAAAAUGAGAUUAUAAUUGAAGAGGAUGAUUACAAAGAAGGAAAAAAGUAUGAACCUAAACUCAAGCGGUUUACGAAAAUUUUAAAAAGUAAAAGCCUUUUACCCAAGCGCUACAAUAAAAAAAAUAGCAAUGACAAUGAACCAGUGUCCAUUCUAAAGCAUCAGUCCAACCAGAAAACAGGAGUGGUUGUCCAACAGCGAUACAAAGACGUGAAUAUUUAUGUAAACCCCAAAAAGUUAACUGUGACCAAAGCCAAAGAGCAGCUGAAGCUUCUGGAAGUACUGGUUGGGAUUAUUCAUCAGACCAAGUGGAGCUGGAAAAAAACUGGAAAACAGGGCAGUGGAGAGAGACUUGUGGUCCAUGGCCUGUUGCCAGGAGGAUCUGCUAUGAAGAGUGGUCAGAUAUUAAUUGGUGAUGUCCUUGUUGCUGUGAAUGACGUGGAUGUGACUUCUGAAAACAUAGAAAGGGUUCUGUCUUGCAUUCCUGGACCCAUGCAGGUAAAACUGACAUUUGAGAAUGCAUAUGCUGUGAAAAAGGAAACAACUCAACCAAAACAGAAAAAGACACAGUCGAACACAAGUGAUUUAGUCAAACUUCUGUGGGGAGAAGAGGUUGAAGGGAUCCAGCAAAAUAUCCUAAACACUCCUCAUAUCGUUAUCUAUCUCACACUACAGCUUGACUCGGAAACAUCAAAGGAAGAGCAGGAAAUUCUUUAUCAUUAUCCAGUUUCUGAUGCAUCUCAGAAACUGAAAAGUGUGAGAGGGAUAUUUCUCACACUCUGUGACAUGUUGGAAAAUGUAACUGGGACUCAAGUUACUAGCUCAUCCCUUCUUUUAAAUGGGAAACAAAUCCAUGUGGCUUAUUGGAAAGAAUCUGACAAGUUGUUGUUAAUUGGCCUGCCUGCUGAAGAAGUUCCUCUCCCUCAGCUAAGGAGUAUGAUAAAAGAUGUUGCCCAAACCUUAACAUUUAUGUAUGGUUCUUUAGAUAGUGCCUUUUGCCAGGUUGAGAAUGUUCCUCGUCUGGAUCAUUUUUUCAUCUUGUUCUUUCAAAGAGCACUUCAGCCUACUAAACUACAUUCUAGUGCCAGUUUGAACGCACAACAAUAUGAUGCUUCCAGUGCAGUGCUUUUAGACAGUCUCCCCGGAGUUCGGUGGCUCACACUUCCACAGGAAAUCAAGAUGGAACUAGACACAGCAUUGAGUGACUUAGAGUCUGCAGAUUUUGCUGAACUGUCUGAGGACUACUAUGACAUGAGGCGGCUGUAUACAAUUUUAGGAUCUUCUCUAUUUUACAAGGGUUAUUUGAUCUGCAGUCAUUUGCCUAAGGAUGACCUUAUUGAUAUUGCCAUAUACUGUCGCCACUAUUGCCUACUGCCGUUAGCAGCAAAACAAAGAAUUGGUCAGUUGGUUAUAUGGAGAGAAGUGUUUCCUCAACAUCACCUCCAACCUUCUACAGACUCAAACACUGAAGUCUUUCAGGAACCUGAAGGAAGAUAUUUUUUGCUAAUCGUUGGCUUGAAGCAUUAUAUGUUAUGUGUACUAUUAGAAGCUGGAGGCUGUGCAUCCAAAGCUAUUGGGAAUCCUGGACCAGACUGUAUAUAUGUGGAUCAGGUCAAAACAACUCUUCAUCAGCUGGAAGGAAUAGAUUGUCGCAUAAAUGAACGGCUAACGUCUCCAAGCCCCUGUUUGUCUUGUGCUGACUGGUUCCUUACUGGAGCACAUGAAAAAUUAGAUAGUUUGACAACCUCACCUAUCCUCAGUAAGCUUCCAGGUACUUCCAAAGUAGCAACCUCUCCAACAUGCAGAAGAAUUCUUUUUGGUGACUAUUCCUUAAAGACACGUAAGCCCAGUCCUUCCCAAAGCAGUGGAGGAUCUGACAAUGGUUGUGAAGGUGGAGAAGGUAUUCACCUGAGUCCCCACUCUACACCAGAUACAGUACGGAAACAACAAAGAGAACCUCAGGGCUCUGAUGGUUCAGAAGAAAGUGGGGCCUUGCUUAAGGUCACUAAACGGAAGUCUGCUCUUCCAAAUCCAUUUCAUUUGGGGAACUUGAAAAAGGACUUUUCAGAUAAAGAACUGGAAAUAUAUAACACAAUGAGAUUGACAUCUGGUCCUGAGAACACACUUUUCCACUAUGUUGCCUUAGAAACUGUGCAAGGGAUCUUUAUUACUCCUACCCAUGAAGAAGUGGCACAGCUAAGUGGCUCUAUCCACCCUCAACUAAUAAAGAAUUUCCAUCAGUGUUGUCUCUCCAUUCGUGCAAUUUUCCAACAGACAUUGGUAGAAGAGAAAAAGAAAGCACUAAAUGGUGAAGAUCAUUCAGGUUCUACAAAUUCAGUAUCUUCUCUUCACCCUGUGAAAGAACAUGGUGUGUUGUUUGAAUGCUCACCUGAAAAGUGGACAGAUCAGAGAAAAACACCACCAGUUAUGGCUUACUGGGUAGUAGGGAGACUCUUUCUUCGUCCCAAACUUCAAGAACUUUACGUCUGUUUUCAUGAUUCAGUCACAGAAAUUGCCAUAGAAAUGGCUUUUAAAUUGUUCUUUGGAUUAACCUUGUAG